AUGCUUCUUCUUCUUCUGCUUCGUUUGCUCACUUUUUCGUCAAUUUUUAUUGUCGGUCAUUCUGAAGUGGCCUGCAAUUAUGGGGACAACGAAUACGAUGGAUAGUGAGUGAAUGCGUUGAUAGGAUUAGUAGUUAAUCAGGGCUUUGUUCAGUUGUUAUCAGUUCGUGAACCAAAGAGUUCUGUUCUCGGAUGCCCAGGCGUAUUGUGCCACGCUAGGAGCGAUUGUUGUCAAGAUCAGAGGGCCAACAGACGGCCAAUGGCUUGCUUGUGAGCAUAUUCCAGUCUUUAAAGGAAAACAACAUUCAUAUUUUCAGCCACUGCCGCUACGAAAUUCCACGCAACAUACGGAAACUUCUGGAUUGGCUUCCAUCGAGAGGGCGAGCAAUUCGUGUGGGAGGACGGGUCCGAAGUUAACUACCUGAACUGGGCGCAAGGAUAUCCGUUCAGUGGCUACGACUUUGUUGGAGCCCAACUGUCCAACACCAAAUGGGUUACUGUACUCUCUUCGCAAUCGCUCCCGUUCAUCUGCUCUUACCAGAAAGGGGCCAACAACAACAAAUCGCCGAGCACUCUUCCGCCCACGCGUUUGUCCUUCGUUCGUUCUUCUCUCGUCAUCUUCCUUUUUCAGAACCUGCUGCUGGUGUUUGUGACGGUGCCGACUUGCUCCUGGGUCACAGGUACCUCCUCCCUCCUCCCUCGCCUUUAUUAAUCCUUUCCGUAUCAGGUGCUACUUCUUCGUACCCGCCCUUCUUCCGCACGAUCAAGCCGUCGAGAAGUGUGCGGCUACCGGCAAGACGCUUGCCAUCUUCGACGACCUGUCACAGAUAAACUUUGUAACAUGUCAGUGAAAUUCUGCCGCUUUCAAUUCUUAUCAGACCAACGAUUCAGCUAUCGCCAUAACCAAGUUCUCGAUGACAUACGGUACUUUCUGGAUAGGUCUCCAAAAGAAUACAAUCGAUGGAAAGUUCUACUGGCCGAACGGAAACGAGGACACUCUGAAGCACUGGAGCCCCGGAUACCCGUUCCAGCAGCAGACAGUCGUCUCUCAGCAAGUAUCAAAUGGGAAAUGGAAGACGUCGGAAGCGGAGACUCUUCUGCCGACGGUCUGCAGUGGAUACGUUCAAUAA